AUGGAGACCUCCAGAGAAAACAGGCCAUGGCUGGUGCAAAAGUACGGUGGUACAAGCCUUGGAAAACUUCUCGAGUCGAUCUGCAGCAAAAUCGUCCCAUCCUACCUCCGAGACUACAACCUGGUUGUCGUCUGCUCGGCCCUCUCCGGUUCCACCAAGUCGAGCGGAACCACAAGCCUGUUGCUUGAAUGCGUAUCACACGCUGAGGCUGGACUCUCCGCGCAGACGCUGCUCAACAAGAACAUUGAUGUCAUUCGGGAUAGUCAUGUCCGGCUUCUCGAGAAGCAUCUCGUCAACUCUAAUGGCACAAGAAGCGACUUGUGUAACGACAUCUUCGACACCACAAAGACGCUCAUUGUCAAGGAAUGCGAGAGCCUUCGAGGCUUCCUGCUGGCUGCACAGAUCAUCGGGGAGCUAUCUCCAAGGGCACGGGACCGUGUCAUCGCUCUCGGAGAGAAGCUUGCGUGCAGAGUUAUGGCCGCGUUUCUCUGUAGCAGAAAUAUCCCGGCCGAACCUAUCGUCCUGGAAGACAUAGUCGAGGCAGUGUUCGGCGCUAGUGUAUUCGACCAGAAGACGGCACUGAAUAACCUCGGUCCCCGGUUCUAUCACCUCAUUGCAGACGAGAUCACCAAGAGGAUACAUGAGUGCGGCGACCAUGUUCCCAUCGUCACUGGCUUCUUUGGGAUCAUGCCAGACUCGCUGCUCAAGAACGUCGGUCGGGGAUACUCGGACCUUUGUGCGGCCAUGUGUGCGGUGGGAACCAAAGCGGCGGAACUUCAGAUCUGGAAAGAGGUUGACGGGAUAUUUACGGCGGACCCGAGAAAGGUACCGUCGGCAAGACUGUUAUCCACAGUCACGCCGGAGGAAGCUACCGAGUUGACUUACUACGGGAGUGAAGUGAUACAUCCAUUGACAAUGGAUCAGAUACGUUGCGCCAACAUUCCCUUGAGACUGAAGAACGUCUUCAACCCGACGGCAUCUGGCACAAUCAUCUACCCUUCUCGAACACCUUCUCCGCCUCUUACCCCUCCAACACCGACAGACGAAAAGGUCGAUGUCAAGAUCCCUCUACCCUCGAUCGACUACAUGCUGGGAAAUGGUUACCACGGUGAUCGGCAGGAAAGAAGGCGGCCUACGGCGGUCACGGUCAAAGACGACAUUCUCUUGGUCAAUGUGGUUUGCAAUAGGAACACCAAGUCUCAGGGGUUCUUGUCCGGCGUCUUUGACCGCCUCGAGGAUGCUGGAAUCAAGACGGACCUAGUCACUACCAGUGAGCGGAGCAUGUCGUACGUGCAGGUGAUUAUCACAGAAAACAUGUCCAUCGUCACUAUCGUAGGACACAAGAUGAGGAACAUGGUCGGCAUUUCAGCAGAGAUCAUGUCUGCCCUAGCAUCAGCCAAGAUCAACAUCUUCAUGGUGAGCCAAGGAGCGAGCGAAAUCAAUAUAUCUCUCGUCGUCCGCGCAGAAGACGCGGUCCUCGCCAUGAACGUCAUCCAUAGUAAGGUCCUGCACAUCCCGACGCACUGGGAACAGGAGACAAACUUCAUCAAAGGUGCGGAGACCCAGCAGAAGCAGCAGCAGAGGGCCCGGCGGGCUGAAAACGUCGUCGUCCAUGGCUCUACUGACGAGGACGAACGCGGCGGCGGCGGCGGUGGCGACGGCGGGACUUGA